UGUACGUUAGACGCGAUACCCUGUUGUGUUUAGCGCGAACUCUGUUACCCGUAGUCCGGUAUUUUUGUUGUUUUCAAAAAAAAAAAAAAACACAAUUUUCAAAAUAAUACAAUAUUGAUAACAGCGUUAACAUUACUGUUGAUAUUGUAAAAUUACGUUAUACUCGUGUUAUUACGGUAUUGAGUUUUUGGUUUUUUUGUUUUGUUUUUAAUUAUCAAAACAUUAACGGCGUGUCCGACCAUGAAGACUCAAGACUUCAUCCCCUAUCGCUGCACGAGACUGUCAUAGUUUUAUUUUUAAUCAUUCGAGGUUGCUUCUUUUGUUGCAUAAACACUUCCGGCGAUUACUUGCAAUGACUCCUGCCGGCCGUUAACGUCGUUACCCAACCGAACCACCCCAGACAUGGACGUUAUUUCGUCAAAGCCGCCAGUGCUGUUGGAAAACUCAACCCUUGGCCGGAAUGAGCCAAAGACUUUGUCGUUCAGCACAACGUCGGAACUCGACGCCAACGGCUUCCCGACGAACCGAACCUUGUCGUCGCCAACGUCUCCCAUUGAAAAACCACGAAUAUCCAUCCCGAGCCCGUCGUACGACAGGAAUCCGGAUUACCUGCCCAAGUCCUGGUACGCUCAGAGUUACAGGAGAAACAGCAGUUCGUCGUUUGGCGACUCGCCCACGUUUCACACUUCCUCGCCCCUCACCGCCUCUCCGCUGUCAACGCAUUUGGCCGACAACGGUUCCAACACGUUAACCAACGGAUCGAAACACACAGCCGCCGAUCACCUGACCAAAAACCAGUACAACAAAGAAAACAUACACCAACUGGAGCAAAAUCAGUUCUUACAUUUGGAAGAAGUAUUAAACAUGUGCAGCGAUUACGAAAAACAAAUACAGACAGAACGUUUAAACAAACCCCAACAAAAUAGGAUUAAAACAAACGGAUCUCUGCCUCGAGACAAAAAGCUUGGUUCUACCCCCGAUGGUUCACCUGUGAGCCCAUGCUCACCAUUUCACAGGCAGAGUCCAGAUUUUUUGGAAAACCCAACGUCUCCUUCGACUCUGAGUGACAGCGUGUUCCUAGAAAGUAAUUUCAUACCCGGCAGUCCGAGAACCAGGAUUAGGACUAUUCCGUCUCCGAUCGAACAUUACAGGGAUUAUGAUACAUUAGAUGAUUUUUCGAGCUUAACAAUAAAAAGAACCAGAAGAACAAAUAGAGAAGCCAAUGGCCAUUCAGACAUUGUUAAGCGUUCCCCCAUAAGGACCAUCAACAACUCUGAAAGCAAUAGUUCCAAAAAUCACUUGGAAAAUUCAAAUGGCCAUAAAAACUCAAUAAACAAUUCACAGGAGAUUAACGAUAAAACAGUAAUUUCAAGUAGCUGUUUAAAUAAUUUACAGAACGGGUGUGCACCUACUAAGAACGGCGAUAACCAUUCAAUAAAUACCGAUAAGUGCGAUACACUGUCUACCACUUAUAAAAUACUGACUAAUAAUGUGGCCGAUAUUAAAAAAAACGAGCUGUUGAGUCAAAAGUACAUUUUUCCUCCUACUGAUUGGCACGCAUCUCUGUAUGCAGAUCCAAAAAUGUCAACCAAAAAAGACAUUGUUCAAUUGAAAAACGAACAAAGUACGCUAUUAGUUGAGCUGUCUAAACUAAAAUCAAAAUUAGUCGAUUUACAUCUUCAGAAAGAGGAAAUCAACAGAGAAUUGAUCAUGGAACGUGCCCUGCUGGAUGGUGAAUUGAAAUCCGAAAUGGAAAUGAGCCGAGAAGAAGAGAAGAAACUUUUUAAAAUAAGAGAAACAAUUAGAGAAUGCGACUCUCAAAUGGAAAAUUGUACUCAAAAACAAUUGGAACGACAAUCGUUGAGUAAAGAACAACUUGGCAGUCACCAGUCGGUGUUGGACAAAUUAAAAAACCAACUACAAAUCAUUUCUGAUGAAGAUUUACGGCUCGAAAUAUAUGAUUCUAUUGAGAAACAAUCUGAUUUAUUAGAAACCGAACAUAAAUUGUACGAAGAUAUAGAGUUUAGUCUCUUGGAAGAAGAAGCGGGUUGGCUGACAAAACGCGAAGAACUUCACAGGGAACACAGCGCUUUGGUAGCUUUGUAUAACGAACGGAUUGCAAGAUUGGAAUCAUUAAGAGCUCAGUUGGAACAAAUCAGCCGGAACGCAUCCGACGAAUGUAUCGCUAUUCAAGGAGACAUUAACUCUUGCCUUCUUUCUAUACAACAGGGCCACAAGAGACUGGAUGAUAUAAACAGCUCUUUGGAAAUGUUAGAAAAAUCUUAUCAGACUUCGACCUCAAAUGAAGAGUUAGAAAAAGCGACGGAGAAACAAUCGCAAGAGGAUCUGGACAGGAUUUCGAAAAUAACUUUGGACACUCCUCUGUUGGAACUGAACAACGUUUUGAUGGGCCGACGUACGUUGGCUUCAUUGCAAGAAAUCGAAAAAAACAGGCAAAUUCAUUUGGCAAAGCAAGGAAGUAUAGUCAUCGAAGAAGCCAGGAAAAGAGUAAAGGAGCUGAAGCAGAAAGUUCAAAACGAAGUGAUCGCUCAAUGGGAAGACGAACAGAUCAAACAGAGAAAUUUAAAUCACAAUUCGUUGAACAGUAUUGCCAGCGAGGAUUACAGUAACACAGAAUCCAGUGAAUUGAUUACCACCAGCGUCUGCAGUAACUACAGUGAAGUCACCGGUCUGGACAGCAUGUCGGCUAGUCAAAUAAACAUCAGUGAUACUUUAGCUGUCGGGCAUGAAGAUGGUAAAAAGACUGAUCUUGAAAAUCGAGCAUUAUCGAACGCAUCAUUUACUUCCAGUGAUGAUGUGAUUGGAAGCGUUUGUUUUAGGAACAAAUCCGAUAAUGUGACCAAAAGACCGCUGACGAGGUAUUUACCGGUUCGCAACGGUGAACUCGAUCUAAGAGCACACAUCGAGUCGGCUGGACAUCAAAUUGACGCCUGUACGCACAUUGAAAUCAACAAUUUCUCGUGUCGUGGCUACCUUAGUAAACUUUCGGUCAGAUUUCAUCGCUACAGUUGGAAAAAGCGAUGGUUUGUGUUCGAUCGUAUCAAACACACCUUGUCGUAUUACGCCGAUCGCCAGGAGAAAAAACUACGAUCUGUCACUUACUUUCAAGCAAUCCAAGAAGUGUAUGUUGACCACAUGAACAGCUGCAAAUCACCAAAUCCCAGGCAGACAUUCAUUGUAAAAACUAAGGAACGGAGGUAUUGCCUAUUAGCGCCUACGUCGCAAGCCGUUCGCAUUUGGGUCGACGUCAUAUUUACUGGCGCCGAGGGUUACCAAGAAUUUACAAAAGUUUAGACACGUCUUCGUUUCACUGUUUAUUUUUUUAACUUAACUUUAUAUUUAUUUUCCUUCCCCUUAUAACUAUUUUUUUUCUCGGAAAUUUAAACGCCAUGUUACACUUGACAUGCCUAUGGCCUGAUAAACUAUUAUUUAAAACUAAAUUUCAGUUUAAAAGCUAGUUUAAAUAGUUUAUUUAAAUAGCUUUUAAUGAUUUUUUACUCAACAUAUAUAUUAUGUCUUGGUGCAAAGUAUAUACAUUUUUUUUCUUAUAGAAUUUUAAACAUUUUUCUCAUACUAAAAGUUUAAAUUCUGAAUUAACGUAUUAAAUUUGAAUACUAUAGAAAGCUAACCAAAUAACUUGUAAAUUUUUUAUUAUAUACUAAUGUAAUCAUUUUAAAAUAUGUAAUAUGAUUGUUGUUUGUAUAGAAAACAAAUCUGGAAACAAGUUGUAGUAAUUGCAUUAUCAUUUUUAAUUUUUUUUUUUAGAUGGUUAGUUUUAUAUUAAUUUUUUUAUUAUCAUCGAACGCUUUACGUGUAAAAAAAACCUAUUAGCACUUAGUAUUUGUCUCGGCACAAUUAUUAUUGUAUUAACACAUCAGUAAAUGUGUAAAAUAUCAUUGCACUGCUAAACUAGAACCAAACAGUAUUUGGUUUGUUAUCCUAUUUACAUAAUGUUCAUAUAGUUAAGUUGUAAUUAAAGUGUAAAAUAAUUAAACGACAAUAUUAAUUAAAACUCAUAGACUGACUUUGUUUAACAUUACCCGAGCUAAUUUCUUCUUUAUUUUUGUAUUAGAAAGUAUACAUAACGCAGGUUUUUGAUGGCAUUGUAUGAUUAUUUAAGAAUUUAUUACUUUAUGGAUAUUUUGUAUUGCUAAAGCGACACAAUGUUUUUACUAAAAUGUAUUUUUUGACUUGUAUAAAUAUUAUUUAUUGAAAACAUUGUGUUGUCAUAGGUAUAAUGAAAAAUU